AUGAGCACUACGACAGAAUCUCAUACGGAACAACCCUCGUCGGCCACGCGCCCCAGCCCAGCUCCCAGCACCGCUGGCUCGACCGGAACCUCGGGGAUCACGGUCCGGUGUGACGCCGCCAGUCUCGGGGUUCCUUGCACCAACUGCGUCGCCUUCUCGAUCGAAUGCAAGAUCCCGACUCCCAAGCGCAAGAAGAACCAGACCAAGACCAAGGACGACAGUCGGUAUGUCGACAGUCCACCCCACCACGCUGCCUCGGUUGUCGACACUGCGGUUGCUUACUUUCGCUCCAGCAGUACCGGGGAGCCUGUGCAGGCCGAGGCUCUAGAGGAACGCCGGGGAUCCAUCGAAUCGGAUGAAAAGGACGAUGCCUUUGGCUACCGAAACAACUCGAUGGUCGCCGACGGCAUGCCCGCCACCUCUCUCAACGAAAACGAGGCUGCGCACCAGGCCUCGGCCGACAAUGCGUAUGCCCAGUUCAUGAAGCCCAAGUUUGCUCGUGCCCCAAUCAAGGAGGCGGGCCGCGUCGCCUACCUGGGCGAGUCGUCCAAUCUGUCCUUGCUGGUCCAGGACCGUCAUGGCACCACCGACGUGGUCCAUUAUCCGCUGCCCCCGAAUAUCAGAGGGUCUCGCGCACGACUGACCGAUCUGGAUAACCUGGAAAUUGACAUUCUCCACCAGCGCGGCGCGUUCUUACUGCCGCCCAAGCCGCUCUGCGAUGAGCUGGUCGAGGCUUACUUCAAAUGGGUGGCCCCUGUGGUACCCAUUAUCAACCGUAGUCGCUUUAUGCGUCACUACCGCGACCCUAAGAACCCGCCUUCGCUGCUUUUGCUACAGGCAAUUCUGCUGGCGGGCUCGCGGGUCUGUACCAACCCGCAGCUGAUGGACGCCAAUGGCUCCACCACCCCGGCUGCCAUGACGUUCUACAAGCGUGCCAAGGCAUUGUAUGAUGCCAACUACGAGGAUGACCGUGUCACCAUCGUACAGGCCUUGGUGCUGUUGGGCUGGUACUGGGAAGGGCCGGAAGACGUCACCAAAAACGUGUUCUACUGGACACGAGUCGCGAUUGUUGUAGCCCAAGGCUCUGGGAUGCACCGCAGUGUGGAAACAUCACAGCUUAGCAAGCCUGACAAGAGGCUCUGGAAGAGAAUCUGGUGGACGCUUUUCACCCGGGAUCGCUCCGUGGCAGUGGCUCUGGGACGGCCGAUCGGGAUCAAUACUGAUGACUCGGACGUGGAGAUGGUCACCGAAGAUGAUUUCAUCGAGGAUGAGCUUGAUACCCCCGCCGAAAUCCCUGCGGACCCAGUUCAUGUGCAAUUCUUCCUUCAAUAUGUCAAGCUGUGUGAGAUCAUGGGUCUGGUCCUUUCGCAGCAGUACUCUGUGGCAUCCAAGUCACGGCGCAUGAAUGCGAUGGAUCUCACCCACUCGGACAUGGCGCUUGCCGAUUGGUUGCAGAAUUGCCCCAAGGAGGUGUGCUGGCAACGGUCUCGACACCAUUUCUGGGCGGCUUUGCUUCAUUCGAAUUACUACACCACGCUCUGUCUUCUACAUCGUGCUCAUAUGCCACCCGCCUCGUCAGCUCCGAAUAGUUACCGCGUUGAAGAAAUGGCGUAUCCAUCGCGCACCAUUGCGUUCCAAGCCGCGGGCAUGAUUACGUCUAUUGUCGAGAACUUGCAGGCGCACCAGGAGCUCCGCUACACUCCUGCAUUCAUUGUCUACAGUUUAUUUUCUGCGUUGAUAAUGCACGUGUAUCAAAUGCGCUCGUCAGUUCCCUCGAUUGUGGCAACUUGUCAAGAAAGAAUCAACGUGUGCAUGCUGGCGCUCAAGGAUGUGUCCAAGGUCUGGCUGGUGGCGAAGAUGGUUAACACGCUGUUCGAAUCUAUUCUCGGCAACAAGGUUCUGGAAGAGCGACUGCAAAAAGCUGCUGGCAGGAGACACCAACGAGUGCGACAUGAUCAAGCGGCUCCUGCAAAGAAGCCGGACCCCCCAAAGCGCAAGUUCGACGAUAUGGAACUCGGCUUGCCCAACGGCGGCCCCACGCCUCCUGUGUCGUACGAGCGCUCUCGUCCGCAGACGCCCGCUGUCACUCCUUCCCGGGAGUUGAAUCAACCUCCGGGCGCGACAUCGCCGAAUGCGCACCGCGACCCGGUGUCUGGGCCAGCCAAUUCGCGGGGAAAUACUCGACCCACCACACCUUUCAACGCCCAGUUCUCCCUGCCUGCCACCCCCCCAGACUUCUUCUUGGUGACGCGUACCUCGCCCAACCUCUCGCCCUCGCUGUGGGAGAACUUCCAGCCCGACCAGCUCUUCCCCGACGGUACCGCAAUCUUCCCAGAGCUCACUUCCCCGCCGCCAGCAACUGUCGAUCCGCAGCUGCAAAUGCCAUCGCAACUGCACAACCCGAAUGUGGCUCAGCGGCCCAUGGUGGGGAACCCGGCGCAGCAGGUUCCUGCUCGCAGCAUGUCCGUCUCCCAGGGCAGUCCGCAGAUGAUGUCGGGGCUGCCAAAUGGGAUGGGGAUGCCCUCCCAGGGGCCCCAGCAGAUGUUUGGCAUGGAAGGUCAGCAGUGGCCGAUGCAGGGGCUGGACGGGACCAUGAGUGGUGUGGCGCUGGACGCUCGCAGCCAGGACGACAACUGGAGCAACAGCUCCCGCAGUGGCCCAACUGCGCCGACGACCUUGAACGUGGAAGACUGGUUCCAAUUCUUCGGCAUCAACGGCGGCUUCGGCGAUCUGGCGGCAUAA